CUUGGACCAAGAAUUAAAGAAGAAAUCCGUCUGCCGUGUAUGAACAGGAUGUGAGAGUUGUUCAAUUUAGACCUGGGGACAGAGUCCACCAAUAGUGACUCAAGCGCUCUCUUGUCUUUAAAUUAGAGCUUCAGAUUCACACCAACACCGAUUUAUUAGGGAGGUGCUUCUGUCCAAAAUAACAUACAAAUCAAGUAAGUUAAUUUGUUAUAAUUUGUUCAUUUUGUGACAAUUUCAAUUAAUAACAAAAAUGAAGUGUCGCUAAUAUUAUUUUGUCUUCAUGUCACAGAACAUUUACGCAUGUACUCAGACAGUUUCAAAGCAAAGUUCUAGAAAUAUGUUUCUAUUUUUGUCAGCACUGUUGCAGCAUCUUGCCUUUAUAAUUUACUGAUAUUAAGUUCUCUCGAAUACUGACCUCCUCAUUAUUCUGGACAUAUCAGACAAUAACAACAACUCUAAGAACUUAAAAGUGUCUUCAGUGAGAGGCAAAGAGUCAAAACUAUAAUUUACUAAAUGCUCUGUAAGCCAUGAAACGGCAACACUUCUUCCAUUAGAAAUUCAUGCUGGAUACUUUAGUCAAGCAGAUGCACCCGCUGUAAAGACAAUAAGACUUUAAACCGGCUUCAUUCAAACAGGAGUGCAAUUUAAAAUAAGACAAAGAGAAAUAAAACAACCUUGAUUAAAAACAGAAAAAAACAAUUGCAGCACAAAACAACCACAGACUUUUGAAUAUGAUGUAAGACACACUAUUACAUAGAUAGAUCAUUUGUUCAGCAUUUUACAUUUUUUCCAGCUUUACAAAAAAUAAAAAUAAAUCAAAACACUUUCGUGGAAACAAAACCCCACUUUGGUGUGAGUGUCUGUCUUUGUUGGAGGGCUGCUGAUAUGCUGGGCAAAUGAUUGAAGAGACAUAUAUUUAUAUAAACCUUUUUUUCCACUGUAGUUUGACCAAUAAUCAUUUAUUGCUCAACUGUAAAUGUGCUUUUACUGACUACUGCUGUUUUGUCAAUCAAUUCAUCAUGUAAAGUACUCACUCUUUCUUUAUUGCACCCUUUGAUCUGAGAUGUGUCCAGCUCAGAAUCAAGCCGUUGUCCGUACGUUCACUUUAAAAGAUUGACCGAAUAGUCUCAGUGUCCCGCUUUCCCUAAUGAUGAGUAAUAAUCAAUGAGGAUAUCCAGAGCAAACAUGAUCUCCUGGGACCAACUGCAUUCCGCCGGGACACUUCGUUUUUAGACUCUGAGUUUUUAGAAAGACAAGUAGACUUUCUGCUUUCACACAUCAUCAACAACACCCCAAUACAUGUGAAAGUAUCUGCCUGCUGUGACACAAAUCAACAGAAUCAGAGGUGAACCAUCGAUCACAUGUGUCUGCCUGAGACAGAAGAAACAAAGGGGAAAAGAAAUCAUCUGAAAGCGAGCCAUGGCAGCUGAUCUAGACGUGGUGAACCUAUUUAUCAUUGCGGGGGGAACACUGGCUAUUCCCAUCCUGGCCUUUCUGGCUUCCUUCCUGCUCUGGCCGUCAGCUCUCAUCAAAGUCUAUUACUGGUACUGGAGGAGGACUCUGGGCCUGCAGGUGCGAUACGCAGACUGCGGUGGUUAUCGCUUCUGUUACUCCUACAGAGGGAAGCCUGGGAUGAGACCCUCCAUCUUAAUGCUGCAUGGCUUCUCUGCCCACAAAGACACAUGGCUCACUGUAGUCAAGUAUCUACCCAAACAUCUGCACAUUGUGUGUGUUGACAUGCCCGGCCAUGAAGGAACAACUCGGACCAACACAGAGGACUACUCCAUUCAGGGCCAGGUCAAAAGGAUCCAUCAGUUUGUGGAAUCUGUUCGACUAAACAGAAAACCUUUUCAUCUGGUGGGAAACUCCAUGGGAGGAAAUGUAGCUGGAGUUUACGCGGCCUGCUUUCCCUCACAGAUCUGUAGCAUGACUCUCAUUUGUCCAGACGGUAUAAGACACCCAUGUGAGACCAAAUUUGACAAUCAUCUGCAGGACCUGGAGCACAGCAAUUACACAUUAAACAUCCCGCUGAUCCCAACUACUACCGAGGAGAUGGAGGACAUGUUCAGACUUUGUUCUCACGUUCGCUUUAAAAUCCCUCAGCAGAUUCUUCAAGGAUUGGUAGAUGUCCGGCAGCCUCACAACACAUUUUUCCAAGAAGUAUUUAUGGAGAUCGUUGGUAAGGAAUCCAGAUAUGCCUUGCAGGAACACUUACAUCUCAUCACUGCACCUUUACAAGUGAUAUGGGGCAAACGGGAUCAGGUGGUUGAUGUUUCUGGAGCUACAGUCAUUGCAGAAGUGUUGCCCGGAUGCAGGGUUGACCUGCUGGAGAACUGUGGGCACUCAGUGGUGAUGGAGAGACCUUGUAGGACUGCGAAACUCAUCCUGGAGUUCAUCAUCAUGCAGCAAGACGCCCGAGGCGGAACAAAGAAAUCUUCCUGAACCAAAUACUUUUUCCUCAGAGCUUUUUUUUACUGUAAUGCUCUAACAGGCUCCUAAAUGACAUGCAUAUGUAUCGAUGCCCAAUCCCACACAUUAAAACACUCAUUUCACUCACUUCUUUCAGCAUUUCUAAUAUAAAUAAAAUAAAUCCUACUUUAUCAUUAUAUUAAAAUCCCCUUGCAUUAAUGUUGUCAGAUGUAAGAAUGUGUUCUUGCAGAGGUGCCUGUGCUUGCAGCAGGACCUCCUCCCCUCCUGCAGCAGCCUGCCUGUGUAAGCAGUCAGUUCAGUGUGGCUGCAGCCUGAAUCCAGCGGCAAACAUCAGUGACUGACUGCGUCCUUUAAUGCUACCCGUAGGCCGCUGAUUCUGUACAAUAAGAGACAAAGUAACACGAAAGUGAACUGGUAAGG